AUGGUUGCGGUUUUUAUGGUCGCUGAGAAGCCGAUACUUGCGGAAUCCAUAGCUCGAAUUCUUUCAAACGGAAGGUUUGAAAAGAGGAAAGGUUGGAAUGGGGCUUGUUCAGUUUGCGAGUUUAGUGACCAGUUUAUGGGUAAGCAAGCACGUUUCAAAAUGACCAGCACUUGUGGCCACGUAAUGGGGUUAGAUUUUAAUGCAGCAUUCAACAAUUGGGAAAAAACAGAUCCUAUUAAACUGUUCAGCGCGAAGACAGAAAAAAAGGAAGCUAAUCCUAAAUUGAAAAUGUGUGAUUUUCUUGCCUCAGAAGCACGGAAUUGCGAAUAUUUAAUUCUUUGGCUGGAUUGUGAUAAAGAGGGUGAAAAUAUAUGUUUUGAGGUUAUUGACGCUGUGAAACGAUCGAUGAAGCAGCCCGCUUCUGCUAACAUUAUGGACUGUGUUUAUAGAGCACAUUUUUCUGCAACGACUGAGAAGGAAAUAAAGGGAGCUAUGCGAAAUCUUGGCAGGCCAAACCUUAACGAAAGCCUUUCAGUGGAUGCACGUCAAGAACUCGACUUAAGGAUUGGCUGUGCAUUUACCAGAUUUCAAACAAGAUAUUUUCAGGGUAAAUAUGGGGAUCUGGAUAGUGUUUGUGUAUCUUUUGGGCCUUGUCAGACCCCCACUCUUGGCUUCUGUGUUACGCGCCAUGACGAGAUUGUUCAGUUUAAGCCUGAGCCGUAUUGGGUGAUUCAGACCUCAUUUGAAACUGCAGACCACGUUCAGUUGAAACCUGAGCAUAGUAGAGGACGUAUAUUUGAUAAAGAAGUUUGUCAGCUCUUGCUAGAUCGGAUAAAGAGAGCAAAUUCUGGAAAAGUUGUUAACAUAAGUAGCAAAGAAGGCAAAAAAGAACCUCCUCCGGCUCUAAAUACUGUAGAGUUACUAAGGGUUGCAAGCAGUGCAUUUAAUCUCAGUCCAGCAACUACAAUGUCGGUCGCAGAGAACUUGUACACUAAAGGGUUUAUCAGUUAUCCGAGAACUGAAACUACUGUUUACCCACCAACGUUUGAUUUACUGGAACUCUUACGAUUGCAACAAAAUAAUCCUUUGUGGGGAGACAUCGCAAAGCAGCUUUUGGCCGAUGGAGUGAGAAGGAGCAGGAAAGGAGAAGACAAAGGCGACCAUCCUCCUAUUACACCAAUGCGUCCAGACAACGGAUUGCUCUCUGGAGAUGCAAAAAAAUUAUAUGACUACAUCACACAGCACUUCCUUGCGACCUUAAUGAAUCCAUGCCAUUUCCUAACGACAAAUAUACAGAUUGCUGUCGGCGAGGAACAGUUUUUGCUUUCUGGAAAAGUAGUUAUUAGCCCCGGUUAUACAGAAGUCAUGACUUGGCAUGCUGUUGGCGAUGACCUUACUCUUCCGGAACUUAAAUUUAACGACGAGCUUUCUUUAUUAAGUACAAAUAUGGUAGAGCGCUUAACUGUGGCUCCUGAUUAUCUUACUGAAUCAGAAUUAAUUUCUCUUAUGGAAAAACAUGGGAUAGGUACUGAUGCUUCAAUACCAGUCCACAUAAAUACUAUAUCACAACGGAAUUAUGUUACGGUUGGAAAAUCAAGACGCCUAAUACCUACAAAAUUGGGGAUUGCCUUAGUUCAUGGUUAUCGGAAAGUUGAUCAAGAUUUGGUGUCAGCUACAAUGCGUGCAGAAGUAGAAGCACAACUGAAUUUGAUUGCAAAAGGGAGAGCUGACUAUUUUGCAGUAAAGACGCAUGUUCUGGAAAACUUCAAGUUGAAAUUUGUCUACUUUGUUGAAAAUAUUCUAGCUGUCGAUUUGCUGUUUGAAGAUUCUUUUACGACGUUGGCAGACUCUGGCAAGCCAUUCUGCCGAUGUGGAAAAUGUCGACGAUUUAUGAAAUUGGUUGCGUCAAAGCCGCAGCGAUUGCAUUGUCCUCACUGCCAAGACACCUAUUCACUACCUUCAGCCAAGGAUGGAAUUUUGAAAUUACAUUCUGAAAAAAAGUGCCCAUUGGAUGAUUUUGACUUAGUUUACUGGCAAGGACCUGGUGGAAAACUGGCUUGCUCUUAUGCUCUUUGCCCCUACUGUUAUAACAAUCCACCCUUUGAGGAUAUGAGGGGAGGUUCUGGUUGCAACCUUUGCACGCAUCCUACUUGUCCUAAUUCUUUUAAAACCCAAGGAGUGGUGCAGUGUCCACGAAAUCAUUCUACUUACGGUAUUCUUGUUCUUGAUCCUCAAUCGGGCCCAAAAUGGCGACUUUCUUGCAAUGGUUGCUCAGCAGUUGUCACUUUGUUCGAAGGGGCUUCUAAAGUGAAAGUAGAGGAAAAGCAAUGUGAUAAGUGUGGCGCCCAAUUGCUUUCUGCUUUUUAUAAGAGUAAUUCUGCUUUACCGAACGGAGGGUCGUUUUACGUUGGGUGCAUUUUCUGUGAUGAUUCAAUUGCCGGGCUGAUUAAUUUGAAUCACUUAUCUACCAGCGGUGAUCACGUUCAGAGACAAAGAGUUGCUGGAUUUCAUGGUCCGAAGAGAGGAAGGGGUAGAAAUAGAGGACGUGGGAGAUCAUGA